UCCUCCUCGGCCCAUCCACUCGUCGCCCGCUCCUCCUCCGCCGCCCUCCCCGUCCGUCUCCGCGGCGGCGCCGGAGACCGGGACCCAGCGCGGACCGCGGCGUCCCACCACCGAUCUGACGAUCCUCUUCCGUCCUCCACCGAGAACCCGGUCCGACGCAGCGCCGAGUCAGCCGGUGACGACAGCCGCUGCUAGCUGCUCCGUCCCCGUGGCCCGUGCCUCCCCCAGUUGGCCUGGCCCGCUCCGACCUCGGAUGCAGCAGGUAGGUAGCCCCCCGACCCACGCUUUCCGCAUGGAGAUUCUCCGCGCCCUCUCGUUCCACGCUGGUUUCGUUGUCGCGGUGCGGCGCGCGGCGCGCUUCGCGUGGCGCACACGGUUGGUGGUCGGCACACGGGGAAGGGAAGACCGCCGCGGCGAUCGCCGUGCGGUUGCAGGUGCGGAUUAGGCCAAACCGCACGCGCAAUCAUGGAAUUGCCAUUGCACUUGCACUUGCUCAUACGUAUGGGGGGGGGGGGGGGGGGGGGAGGGAGACCACGGCAUCCUGUCUCGUCCGCUCCCCAACCACGUGCAUUGUGGCGGAUUUUUUUUUAAUUAGGAUGUUACCCUACCUAGAAUGAUUUCUUGAUUUGUUUUUUGGGGGGAUGGAUGCAAGGGUUUCCAUUGGCGACCCAUUUUCAUUUUUUAAGCUGCAUCGAGAACAUUCAUUUUUUAAGCUGCAUCGAGAACAUGCCACACUGUCGUAGUUGUGGGCAUUAUCUGUAGCUAGCUAGUUGGUGAUCGAAGAGGGUUGGGAAACCAAGCAGGGAUGUAGAUUCAAGGAUGAGACAAAUUUCAUUCCAAUUUUCAGGAAAAUAAAGCUAAGUUUUCUCCUAGAACAUGGUCUACUACAUGAUGUCUCCUCUCUAAUCUCUUAUAAUGACAUAAUCCUAUUUCUAGUCUUGAGUCACGAGUCAUGGCCACGUCAAGCAGAGACAAUCAGAUGUUUGGAUUUGACUUUAGAGACUGACUUGGACAUUAGCUUGCUAAGCAUGUUAGCAGGAAUCUACCCUGCAGCUACUCCCUACUCCUUUUGUUUUCAGUUGUUAGGCAGCUAGAUUAUGCAAGUGAUUGUGACAAUAAUGUUCCUUUUUGUUUACCUCCCAUUUUCAAACUUCACUUUGUUUCUGCUUCUUCAUAGCCGUUGAAAAAUUUCCCGUCAUCUUGCUAGGAUCAUCAUUCAAUAAUGAACUGGUCUGCUGAAAGAGAAAUCAACCUGACCAUGCAUUGCCGCACUGGAUUGUGACAUGCUGCUUGCACACUCAAACCUGAUAUUUCUCUGUGCUCAAUGCGCUAGGAUGAAAAAUGAAGUAUUCACCAGAGUGGGCCCUUGCUUAUACUUAAAUGUAGACAAUCACAAUUGUACAAAUUGCUAUUUACCUAGACGAGAAAUAUGGUGUCCUCUACUGCUGCUUUGUAAUCCGUUUUACUUCUUGGACCUGAUGCUGCCAUGCUGGAAUCUUUACCAGGCUGGCAGGCUCUCGCCGAAGUUUUAAAUUGGGACUGUUUUACCCACCAUUAGCUCAUUUACACUGCACCUUCUCACUCGUGGGGGCAUGUGUAAUUUUUUGUCCCGCCCCCAUAGAAAAUUUGUGCCGGCAGAACAAGUGAAGGCUGAUGUAGGUUGUUAGUGACUUGAUGAACUAACCAAUGAACAGCAAUACGAAAAACAGCAUAGCCUUUAACAUGUGCCAAUCUGGAAGUGCCUUUUAUUUUGCAUAGAGGAAGACUGACUUCUUGACCAAGAACUAUGUUUUUUUUUAUUUUCGAUGGAGGCACCGCCAAGGUAGAUUACUUUAUUUUAACCUAGUAGCCUAAUUGCUGGCAUUGUGACCUUCUGCUUGCUCCUGUUUCAUAUAAACCAAAGGGUACUGUGCAGUGUGCAGUGUGAGUGUUCAUCUGUAUUCGACUUGCCACUUGUUGAUACAUUUUUCAAUAGUUCAUUAUUGUGUAACUUAAUCUGUAUUAAGAAUGAUGAUACUUUAAGGUGCAUUAGAAAAGCCUUGCUGGUGAUAAGGAGACCAGACUGAGUUGAUGAUGCCGAACACAAGACAACAGGCUGUUAUGGUGCUGUUGUCUUCUGCUAUUGCUACAGAAUGCUUCUCACAACAACUGAAGGCAUUUUAUUGGGGGCGAUUCCUACUCCCACUUAGUUAAUCUAAUUGCAGUAGCAGUACUGAAAAUGCUGACAAGUUCAGUUUAUAUGCACAAACUCUCAUCUCACCUGUUGUAACAUUCAUUCAUUCUUGACAUGUGAUGAUCAUCAGAUACUCCGCUUAUGACUAGUAGUCUAGGACUCCUAGGGGCAAAAAUGAAUAUGAUAUAUACAUUUUUUUUUUGCAGUAAGCGGGCUCCAUCAAUAUCUCCCAAAUCAUCAUGCUGAUUUGACUAUUAUCUACUUAAUUGCUUUCGUCUUUUUCCAGUUUCAUCACUUGCUAGCUAUAAUUCAGAUGAUAUUGAGACGUUCCACCUGCCGGCUCAGUUCAUCUAAUGUCAUUGACAGGAAACAUGUUCAAUGAGCAUGGUCAGUUAUUAAUCUCCCAAAUCUAUAGUUGACUAAACCGUAGUCAUUUCUACCAAUUUCAUGGAAUUAAUUAUAAUUCACUAUGGCAAAACCUUGGUCCCUACGAAAUUAAAUGCUCUAGAAAUACAUACAUUUGGGAUCAGAUUAAUUUCUUCUUUAUGGCAAAACCUGUAGUACGGUUUUAUAUGUCUGGCCUUGAAGGUAGUUGUGUGAUCAUGUCCUGUGAUUAUCCUAAAGCAUCAUACCAAUUCAGAAUUUAUUAUUUUUCUUCUUUUUCGAAAAAAAAACUUCUCCUUUUCACUGCCUAGGAUUGUUCAUAUAUAUUCUGAAAUCCUUUUUUUCUUGUUGAACAUGAGAAGGAGAGUACAAAUGAAUUCAGAAUGCAGAGUUAAUCUUUUAUGAUGUGCAGGUGGCACGAGAUUAACUUGUUAUUUUGUACCAGACACAAUUUGGAGCAAUGCAGGACCAAUUCUUUACUUCCUUUUGAGAGGAAAAAACAAGAAUCAUUAAUGCCAAUCAGCCUAAAGCUGUGCAUCAUUGUACUCCAUCCACAAGCUGCUGCCAUUGCCGAUCUUUGGAACUGAUCAUGUUCCUUGCCAUGUUAAGUCCAGGACAAAACUUCAUAAGUUCAGAAUAAUAGCAAGAGGCAGCUUGGAGCCAAGAAGCCUAUUUGGCCCGCACUUAUUUUUUGGGUGUAAGUUCCCCUUCACAACAACUCUGCUGCUUGGACAAUCAUCAUUGUUCUUGUUCAGUUCCGUUGUAGCGGCGACAUCUGAUAACUAUUUAUAUUCUGUGAGAAAAUGACUACAUUGACUACGUUCAGAAUAUGCCAACAAUUAACUAGUGAAGCCUCAUCCUACAAUAGCAGCGCUAUAUGAUGUCUUGAUAGGUAUAAAAUAAAUAUGCGUCUAUUGAAACAAGUUGGUGUCAUGAACUCAUUGGACACUGGUAAUAAUUGAACGCCACUAUGGGAUAUGAUAACUGUGUUUCGGCUGACUUUUUUUAUUAUCAGAACCAUCUUAUAUAAAAUGCAAGUUUAUACCCUUUUUAUGGAUUAGUUUAAAUGAACUGUAUAUACACUGUCGAACUCAUAGUGUAGCUAUUUCUUGUGCACAAAGUUGAGAUUUAAACAAAAACUCUGCAUCUAUGUUUGCAUUUUGGCUUUCUCCUUUUUAAUUGUAAUUUCUACAUGACUCAUGAUAAGAUCAACAGAAAGUAGUAACUUGACACACAAAUUUCUUAUUCAUAUAGUAGUCGAGUCCAGCAAAAGACUAUAUGGCUAGAUGCUGACACGUGGCAAGAAGCAUUACAGGAAUAUGCCCUCAACGUGCUCUGAGUUCCAUCUACGUCUCUGUGACAGCCCAACAAAGUGACACGGCACAGUGUCUCUUAUUUUAGUAUGUAUACUCUGAAGUUGGUUGAGAGCCCCCACAAAGAGACAAAAACCUUUGGUCAGAUCCAUGUUGCACCAGAGCUCCAAGUUUAAGACAGUUUAGCUUGCAUUAGCAUGAAGGUCCACAUCAUAUUCUCUCUUUUCUCCAAUGUUGUAUCCACCCUUUGUCUCCUCAUUCUGUAUAUAAGUGAUACUAGAGCAUAUGGAUCAAAGCAACUCUUAUGGUAGACAGUAGGCAAAUGGAAACCAUGUCAUAUCCUUGUUCUCCCCUUCUCUCCUUUCCUAUACACGAAGAGAGUAGUUAUUCUCUAUGGUCUCCUCAGCUAGCCCACCAUGAGAAUUCCUCUAUCGAUUCUAGCAAUACACAUGGCCAUGAGAAUUCCUCAGCUUUCCCUUAUUUUCGAGAAGACUGCGAGUUCUUUGACACCACUGCCAUAGAUUCUAGCGAUACACAUGGCCAAAAUGCUUUUCAUGUUGAUGUGUUCACCCAUUGUCCUGAGAGGCUUCUGCAGCAAGAGAGUGGUAACUUGGUGACUAUCCAAGAGGAGCUCAUGGAGGAGAACAGUCUAAGUGAUCUCCUUCUCACCGGAGCAGAGGCGGUCGAGGAUGGGGAUUCAAGCCUUGCCUCGGUAGUGUUCUCAAAACUUGACGAGAUUCUGCCUUUCACCUUUGAGAAUGCAGCAGCCAGCUCUUUUGAUCGGCUGGCCUACCAUUUUUUCCAAGGUCUGCAGUCCCGGAUGUCUGGUGCAUCCUUUCCAUGCUACCUGCCAGAACCAGAGCAGUCUGGUACCAUGUCUGUGCACCAGAUGAUACAAGAGCUGUCGCCAUUUGUUAAAUUCACGCACUUCACCGCCAAUCAGGCCAUUCUAGAUGCCACCUCAGGUGACAUGGAUGUUCAUAUCAUUGACUUCAACCUCAGUGAGGGCAUCCAGUGGUCAUCACUCAUGUCAGACCUCGCUCGCCAAGGUGGCAAGUCGUUCCACCUUACAGCAAUCUUAGUGGAUCCUGCUGAUGACAGUAACAACACUCACCACACAGCUACACGGUGUCUUGCAGAGUUCGCUGAAUCCUUAAACCUCCCCUUCCACUACAGCUCUCUUUGUAUGCACAACAAGGAGGACCUGGAGGACUUUUCCAGGAACUGUGAAGGCUCAAUAGUUGUCUCAUGUGACACAACGAAUUUGUGUUACAAAUCGUGUAGCAAGUUACAGAUGCUACUACUUAGCUGUGUCAAGAAUUUACAGCCUAAGUUAGUGGUCAUCAUAGAAGAAGAGCUGGUCAGAAUUGGAAAAGAGGUUUCUACAACUCACUCUUCGUUUGUGGAGUUCUUCUUUGAGGCAUUGCACCAUUUCACCAUGGUGUUUGAGUCCCUGGCGAGUUGUUUUAGCACUAGUAACAAUAGCGUCUGCCUGACGCUUGUGGAGAGGGGUAUGGUGGGGCCAAAGAUACAGGACUUCGUGGGGCAGUACAGGUCUGUGGCACUUGGGGUUCCUCCUCAGGAUUUGGAAGGGUUUAUGUCCAGUGACCUUAGUGCCUGUAAUAUUGCUCAGGCCAGGAUGCUGGUUGGGUUGUUCAAUAGGAGCUUUGGGGUCACGCAUGAGAAGGGCAGGCUUCAGUUGUGCUGGAAGUCAAGGCCUUUAAUCUCUGUGUCUGUUUGGACUCCUGUGUGAAAGGAAAUGAGGAUGUGAUGGUUUUAAGGGCUAAAUUUUCUUGUAAGAGUUUGCACUGGGGAUUUUUUGUUGGAAGAUAUCUUGUAGAAUGCAAUUAAAAUGCUAGUAUUCUGCUGGAAGUUUAGGGCUCUCUAGACCCUGAUCUGUGAUUGCAUAAUCUUUUUAGGUUCUUGCAGUGCAACUUUUACACAUGACAAGUGGCAGUAUAUUUUAUCCUUCUCUAAGAGGGCGUUUCUUCUGAAUUUUCUCAGUGUUUCAAAUCACAGGCCAUACCGCCACUUAGCGACGUCCUUCUCCACUCCAAAAGCUGUAGUAGGCAGCUAUGGGGCGGAAGGAAAUCCAACAGUGGUGCCGCCUCGCCAGCUGCGCCUUCGCGCGCGCCUGCUCCGCCGCAAGGCGCUGCCCCGGCCCUCGGGUCACCUCUCUGCAUGCGCAGGGCUCGACGACUCCUCCCUCACCGCCGUGCGGCUGGCCAUGCAAAACUUUCAGAGUUUCGACAUUAUGAUGAGUUGAUGACUGUCCAUGUUAAAACUUGUAUCUGUAACUGGCAUCUUCAGGCUUCAGAACAGAGAAAGAAGAUGAUCAUCAGUAACUGGAAAGUGCCGAUGGUUGUUAACACUUGUCCUGCAAUGUUAUGUGUAAACUUUCAGAGUCUCGACGCUAUUGAUGACUGUCCAUGCUGAAUAAUAUCUGUGCUGGCAUUUACGGGCCAAACUUUGUAGGAGCAUCUACAGCUGAAUUCGAAGUGUACCCAAACUUUGUAGGAGCAUCUGCAGCUGAAUUCAAAGUGUACCCCCUUUGGGGGCCAGUUUCCUUCCAAAGAUCAGAGGUGAAAGUAUGAUCUUUCAGUAGCUUCAGAAGAUCACCUGCGCCAUUCUUUGUCUGUUUUAGAGAUCAAUUGUACUCUUUUUUCUUAAACUUUGUAAUAAGUGGCUGUGUACGUUUAUGGAUGUAGAGGCCGGAUUGGUAAUCCUUUUUCUAAAAAAAAUAGUGUGGGAAACCUGAUGCCAGGUACAUAUAUGUUGUAAGCAUUGAUUAUUAUACAUAUCAUGAUCCAUUUCGUGGUUGUCGUUU